AUGUCCAACUUUAUUGUCAACAGUGUAACAUGUUCAGAUCCUGAAAAUGUGGAAUUAAUAGAUUUUCAUAAAAUGGAAUCCAUAUUACAACAAAAGAAUAGUCUGCAAUCACAGAAAUUCAUUCCCACACGAACAAUCAAUUCAUCUUGUAUUUCCGUCAAUAGCCCAUUUUGCAUUCCAUCUUGUCAAGCGAAUGAUUUGGAAGAGGUUUGUUUGGAGUUUGAUGAAUAUGAAAAUCAUCAUAACUAG